AUGGACGCCUCUGACGGCCUCGCGCAAUAUAAGAACUCCUUCAUUGGCGACGACAAGAUCGAGUGCUGGGAUCACCACCAUACACAACCGUCACCGACACCACCACAAAGCUCCAAGAUGGCCUCACCAAUGUUCGCCAUGCAGCUGUUGUAUCACACCAUAAUGUACGCCAGACUCGUGAACGGCGGCUUGGAGAAUUACAUCACCCUUGACAACCUCCUGCGCGAGAUGAGUGAGACGAACGCGAACACCGCCGGCCUGAUGAAUGAGUUGCACGGUUCUGUAGUCCCACUACUGCACAAGAUGAGCCUCAUGACCGCCGCUCGUGACGCCUUCCUCAUCAAGCCAGACCAAUACGACCUCAAGCAAGACCAGAGCUUCCAGAACCUCAUGGCCGGUAUCGACAUGCUGGCGGCGAUUGUGAAGAAGCUGCCGACCGAUGGCAUGAUGUUGUCCAGGGAGAAGAUCGUCGAGCUGACGGCGGACUUCAUGAAAGUGGAUCCGCUAAGGCAUGGAAGUAAGGACGGAAAGGUUGUGAGCUGGCAGGACUGCUACAUCUCAAGGGCGCACCUUGAUCCCGCAAACAUCAACCAGGGAUGCUUGGCUGAGGAAGACGAGCAGAACUACGUCUAG